CGGGCGCGGACAGUCCACCGCCGGCGCCGCAGUCUUCAGGAUGCCGGUAAACGCAGACCUGAGCCUGGGCGCCGUGCUGCGCUUCGGCUACGCGAUGGUGGCGCUGUCGCUGGUGCUGAUGGUGUGGGCGUCGCUGGCGGGCGCCCGCGAGGCCGGCGCCGCGCACCACCACCACUACUCGGCGCCCGCGGCCGCCCACUCGUACCCGCCCUGCUACUUCAACCCGCUGUGCUCGUGCUCCAAGGCCGUGCCCGACCUGGGCAUCGUCGCCUGCCGCGGCGUGCCCCUGCCCCGGGUGCCGCCGCCGCUCAACGCCUCCAAGCUCUUCACGCUCCACCUCAGCCGCAACGGGUUGCGCGGCCUCGAGCCCUACUUCCUGCAGGGCACAGGUCUGUACGGGCUGGAGAUCACCCACAACGCGCUGGCGGAGAUCCCGGACGAGGCGUUCAUGGGCCUGGAGCGCUCCAUGUGGGAGCUGGACCUCAGCGACAACGAGCUGACAGCGGUCCCCAGCCGCGCCCUCAGGCACCUGCAGAAGCUGCGCAGGCUGGACCUCUCCGGUAACGACAUCUCUGAGGUGAACCAGGAGGCGUGGCGCGGCCUGGAAGAGUCCCUGCAGACGCUGGACCUGGCUGACAACUCACUCACCUCGCUGCCGCCGGCCGCCUUCUCCAACCUGCAGCUGCUGGAGGCGCUGGACCUGCAGGGCAACCACCUGUCGGAGCUGGACGUGGCGCUGUUCCGCGACGGCCCGCCGCGGCUGUCUCGGCUGCAGCUGGCGGACAACCAGCUGUCGUCGGUGCCGUACCGCCAGCUGGCGCCGCUGCGCCUCCUGAGGACGCUCGACCUGUCGGCGAACCGCAUCGCCGGGCUGCACAGCGCCACCUCCGAGCCGGACGAGGCCCGCGGCUCGCUCAUGUCGCUGGACACGCUGCGCCUCGAGCGCAACCAGAUCCAGUACCUGCCUCCAGGCGCCUUCCAGCACUUCGACGUCCUCAACAGGACCUUCCUCGACGGCAACCCUCUCGUCCUCGUGCAGGGUGACGCGUUCCGCGACGCCAAGAUCCGCGAGCUGUCCCUGCGCGACUGCGGCCUCAGCGAGCUGUCGGCGCGCGCCUUCUCCGGGCUGGAGGCGACGCUCCAGGCGCUGGACCUGUCCGCCAACAACCUGACCGAGCUGCCGCAGCAGCUGUUCCACGAGUUCGACUUCCUGCGCACGCUGUCCCUGCGCGACAACAGCAUCUCGCAGGUGCGACCUGCCGAGACGCUGACCGGCUUCCAGUACUCGCUCUACCGGCUCGACCUCACCGGCAGGGACAUGGGCAUCACCGCCAUACAGGACCUCAGGAGGAUGCGCAACCUGCGCUCGCUGUCGCUGUCGCGCCUGCCGCAGCCGCACCUCGCGCCGGACGACUUCCUCGAGUUCGGCGUCGACCUGGAGGAGGUGCGGGUGGUGCGCGGCAACCUGCGCACCAUCAAGAACCACGCCUUCAUGCACGCGCGCGCCGUGCGCCGCCUCGACCUAUCCGAGAACGCCAUCUCGCUCAUCGAGCCGGACGCCUUCACUGAGAUUGGCCACUCGCUGACCUGGCUGCGGAUGGCCCACGGUCUAGCCAGCUCUGUGGGGACGCUGCCGCACGAGGCGCUGCGCCCGCUGGUCAACCUGGAGAGCCUCGACAUGAGCAACAACCGGCUGCGCACCAUGCCAGAGACCUCGUUCCACUUCCUGCGGCGGCUGCGCGUGCUCCAGCUCCAGGACAACCAGAUCGAGCACGUGCCCAAGGGCACCUUCCAGGGCAACAUCCACUCUGGGCUGGAGGAGGUGUACCUGUCGCUGAACUCGCUCUCGGCCGUCAACACGCACACCUUCGUCGACCUGUCGUCCCUGGAGACGCUGCGCCUCGACGACAACCGAAUCGAGCGCGUCGAGCGGCGGGCCUUCAUGAACCUCGAUCGCCUCAAGAUGCUGGACCUCCGGGGCAACCGGCUCACACGCAUCUCUGAUGAGGCCUUCCAGAACCUGCCCGAGCUGGAGGAACUGGACCUCGCCUACAACCGGCUCACCUCUCUGGACUUCACCAUGCUGGACCAGGUGGGCACGCUGGCCACGUUCCGGCUGAACGCCAGCCACAACCGGCUGCACUCGCUGGAGUCCAACUCCAGCGCGGGCCUGCUGCUGGGCCACCGUGGCGACCCGGUGGCCGUGCACUCCAACAUCAAGGUGCUCGACCUGUCCCACAACAACGUGAGCGGCGUGGCGCGCGGCUACUUCCGGCCGGUGGAGACCUCGCUCACGCACCUCUACCUCUCCCACAACCUGCUGUCCAACGCGUCGCGCGACCUCUUCGGCAACAUGCCACACCUCCAGUGGCUCGACCUCUCCCACAACGAGCUCGUCGAGAUCGACUUCGAUACCUUCCGCAACACGAGACGCCUGCAGGUGCUGAUGCUGUCGCACAACCUGCUGCUGGACGUGCCGGCGGAGCUGUUCCGCGCCAUGUCGGAGCUGCGCGUCGUCGACCUGUCGCACAACCGGCUGCGAGCGCUGCCCGACUCGCUCUUCCUGGAGCCGGGCCUGGAGCGGCUGUCGGUGGCGGGCAACGCGCUGAGCCGCGUGCCGCUGUCCGCCAUGGGCCUGCAGGCGGCCGCCACGCUCGUCGAGCUCGACCUGUCGCGCAACACCAUCACCACGCUGCACGGCCACGACGUCUUCGCCCGGUUCAAGUCGCUGGCGCGCCUCGACCUGUCCCACAACCGGCUGGUGCGCGUCGAGGAUGCUACCUUCUCCACACUGGCCAGGCUCGCGUCACUGGACCUCAGCCACAACCCGGAGCUGCUGCUGGACUCCAGGGGCCGUUGCUUCCAGGGUCUGGAGGACUCUCUGCUGGAGUUAGGGCUGGAGAAUGUGUCGCUGUCCAGCAUGCCAGACCUGGCACUCAGCUCACUGCGGACUCUGCGGCUGUCCAACAACAUCCUGACCACGCUGCCCUCUGACCUGGCGGCUAACAUGUCACACCUGCGCCACCUGGAGUUGGCCCACAACGCACUGCAGGCAGUGCCGCCCGCAGCCCAUGCACUCCCACACCUGCGCCGCCUGGUGUUGGCUGGCAACCCCAUCUCCACCAUCAGCAACACAUCGCUCCUGGGUGCUGCGGACAAACUCACCGAACUGGAUCUGACUGAGCUGCCGCUCAACUACUUUGAGUCUGGGGCCCUGGGCCAGAUGACAUCCCUGAGGACACUGCACGUGAGCCCCUACCGGAAUGUUCGACAGUUCAACUUGCCACAUCUCCUGCAGUACAAUUACGGUCUCAAAGAGCUGCACAUCCAUGUAUACGAGGAAACAGGACUGAGGGAUGAGAUGUCCGGUCCACUUCCUUUCAAGCUGUCCAACAUAACCGUCACAGGACGUGCACUCAAGACCCUUCCAGAUGAUCUCCUAAUGGGCGUGCGCAGCCCGCGGCUGCACUUCGGGCUGCACAACACGAGCGUGUCGGCGCUGCAGGCGGCCCUGUUCCAGCGCGCCACCUGGGUGCGCAACCUGACGCUGGACGUGCGCAACAACUCGCUGCGCUCGCUCUCCAACCCGAACCGCGCCGAGUUCCCCGGCGUGCCGCGCAAGAUGUUCCUCAACGACCUGCGGCUGGCGCACAACCUGUGGGACUGCAACUGCCAGCUGGGAUGGGUGGAAGUGUGGCAACGCAAGAGACACCAGUACCUGUGCGAGGACAAGGCUUCGCAGGAGACCGACUGCUACGGCACGUCGGAUGACGUGAGGACGGCGACGUGCGCCAACCGCGGCAACGUGUCCCUGGCGGACGUCCUCAAGACGGACAUCGAGUGCGGCUGGGGGUCCGCCGCUCCCAACGCCCCUCGGGCCCCAGCUGUCGUGGCUGCCGUCGUGGUCGCCGUGAUGGCCAGCCUGCUCGGCUGAAACGGUUCUGUAAAGGUCAGACAGGCCAUUUUGAAUAAUAAAGCCACUAUUACCAUUUGGCCUGUCAACACGGAAAUGAAAAUUAUACGAAGACCUAUGUGUAUGCAAGAAUGUGGCAGAAAUAUCCACAGAGGUGACAGAGAAAUCAAUGCUGAAGACUACACAAGUUAUCCAUGUGUACAUAACAUUGCUGUGUUGUCCAAUAAGCAUCAUAGCUUCUGUAGAAAAGCUAACACAUGUGUCGAGCCUGAUGCUUAACAGUUUCUAGCACUUGUGCGCUUCGCUGCUUACUUGCACUAGCUUGACUAUUUAUCUCAUAAAAUAAUGUGAAUAUUGUUUGUAUAUCUCUUAUAUACCUCACGUGUCUAUAAAGGUACUAUAAAUGUACAGUUAUACACAUA